ACAUCCGAUAGCCAACUGCCGUUCUUCAGUCGAAUGUUUCUGCUCAUCGUCAUCACUGCAUCGAUUGGCAGCGUCCUAUUAUACAUUGUAGUAUACGCUAUGACUCGAAAAAGUAUCCGCCGUGCUCGAAAAACUCAAAUGGGAUCGAAAGCUGCUGACGCAUUCGAGCGUCGUCAGCGUAAGCUUACCAGAACAAUGAAUAUUUCAUGUGUGAUAACACUAAUCUUCUACGUAACACCAAUGUGUGCACGCUUUUUUGCCGGUGGCACAAUUGAUACGACAACGAACGACUUCGUGACAUUGUUUUCGGGAAUAAGCUGCAAUUUUAAUCCACUAGCAAUCCUUGCAGCUCUGUUCGUUAUGCAGGAAGAUGUGAAAAGAGCUGUUCUGAGCAGUUUACCGCACUGCUUGCGUCGGCUUAUCCCAAGUGCCGCACCGGACAAAACGUUUGGUGGCAAUCUCUCGAUAACAGUUAAUCCCACAGCUCAACAAGAAAACACCACGACCGCAGUUUUUUGGCGUAGGCUGCAGUGGAGUGCUAAAACCAUAUCGGCCCGACAGCCUGACACCGCAGCGAAUGUGUCUCCGCGAAAGCGCCGAUCAUUUCCAUCGAUUUGGCAGCACCGAGCUGCGAAAUGA